GUCUGUUGUGGUAUUUCGACUGUAGUUUGCUGCGUCGUCCUUUACUUUUCUGACUCCACCUCACGAGAGAUAGCCGCGCAUCUGCAGGAAGUUGUGACUUUUUGGAGGGUCCGGGAGGCGCAGGCGGGGCGGUGAGAGCGGCGGCGGAGCGGCUGUCCUUUCCCCGGGCACUGCCAUGUAGUUUGCGGGCAGAAUGAGCCGUCAGCACGCCGCGGACGGAGCAGAGGAGCACGCCGUGCAGCAGGAGAAUGAACUGGAAGCUCUCGCCUCGAUCUUUGGAGAUGAUUUCCAGGAUCUGCGGAGCAAGGACCCCUGGAAGGUUAAAAGACCUCCGGAGAUGUACCUCUGCCUGCGGCCCAACGGGCUGAACAACGGCCAGGAGUGCUACGCCACCGUGGACCUGCACGUCAAAUGCCCCUGCAACUACCCAGACGUGCCUCCGGAGCUGGAACUGAAGAACGCCAAAGGCCUGUCGAACGAAAACCUCCAAAACCUCCAGAGUGAACUCACCAAGCUGGCAGUGGUGCGUUGUGGAGAGGUGAUGAUUUACGAGCUGGCGGACCAUAUCCAGGGCUUCCUGAGCGAGCACAACAAGCCCCCGCCUCGCUCCUUUCACGAGGAGAUGUUGAAGAACCAGCAGAGGCAGCAGGAGAAGCGAGCCCUGGAGGAGCAGCAGAGGAUGGACCAGCGGCGCAAACAGGAGGAGGAGAUGGAAAAAGAGAUCAUGGCUGUUAUCCAAAGAAGAGAGGAGGAGAAGCGAGAGGAAAGGAGAAGAAAGGAAAUCGCGAAACAGGAACGACUCGAGAGCAUAGAACAGUCGGCGUCAGUGUUAGGAAAAAGCCCGCCCAGUCCGAGUGGAGGUCCUUCAGAUUUCACUGAAGCCAAGAGGGCAGCUGGUAACCGACGAAGGACUACCUCAAAUACCCGCCACAGACGUGACACGUUUAAUGAAGACAACAAUCGCUCGCAGGAGCUCCUCCACUUCAGCAGCAGCACUUUUGGAGAGCUUGUUGUGCACAGAGGGAAAAGUUUAGGUGGAAGCGAACGGCUCGGCCGGGACGUUUAUUACGGAUUUGAAGCGAACUCGGGGGAGUUUGCCGUGAUCUAUGAGUGGUCGCUGCGCUGGAACAAGAAGAUGGGCAAGUUCUUCACCUCACAGGAGAAAGGAAAAAUCGAGAACUGCAAAAAGCAGAUCCACGGGGCAGAAAACGAAUUCAACUCUCUCCUGCGGCUGGAUCACCCGAACCUGGUGCACUACAUGGCGAUCAGCUCCACGGAGAAGGUGGACUGCCUGGUGAUCAACCUGCUGGUGGAGCACGUCGCCGGCGUCAACCUGAGCCAAAGCCUGGCGGCCCAAACCCCGGUCCCUCUGGACAAACUGUGCCACUACACCGCCCAGCUGCUGGCCGCGCUCGACUACCUUCACUCCAACUCGGUGGUGCACAAGCUGCUGGGGGCCUCCAGCGUGCUGGUGGACUCGGAGGGCAACAUCCGCCUGACCGACUACAGCUUGUCCAAGAGGUUCGCCGACAUCUGCAAGGAGGACAUUUUUGAGCAGCCUCACGUGCGCUUCUCGGAGGACUCGGCGCUGCCCACCAAGGCGGGCAAGAAGGGCGACGUGUGGAACCUGGGGCUGCUGCUGCUGGCUCUGAGUCAGGGCAAAGAGGUGAAGGAGUAUCCAGUGACGGUGCCGGCCAGCCUCCCCGCCGACUUCCAGGACUUCCUCCAUAAGUGUCUGUGCCUCAACGACGCCGACCGCUGGACCACUCAGCAGCUGCUGGACCACCCGUUCCUCAAACCACCUUCUCCCAAAAACCUGCCGCAGUAUCAGGACAACAGCCCAGAAGACCUGGCAGAGGACUUUCCGUCAUCAGUUCUCCCACGAAGCCACAUCCUCAACGCUCCGUUCAGUUCGGGGUUGCAGAGACAGUUUUCUCGCUACUUCAAUGAAUUCGAGGAGCUGCAGCUUCUGGGGAAAGGAGCUUUUGGGGCUGUCAUUAAGGUUCAGAACAUGCUGGACGGCUGUUACUACGCCGUGAAGCGCAUCCAGGUCAACCCAGCCAGCAAGCACUUCAGGCGGAUCAAAGGCGAGGUCACUCUGCUGUCGCGGCUGAACCACGAGAACAUCGUCCGCUACUACAACGCCUGGAUCGAGCGGCACGAGACGCCGUCCCUGGGCGCGCUGAGCGUCACCGACAGCUCCGAGCCGCCGAGCACGGCCGACAAGCCCCCCCGGCCCGGGGAGCAGCCGCGGCGCCUCAACGAGCUCGGCCUCCCCGACAAUGUGGAGGACGCCGCCCCGCCCCCGACCCUGUCCAGCUCCGUGGAGUGGUCCACCUCCAUCGAGAGGUCCUCCAGCGCCAAGUGCACCAGAAAUCAGUCCAGCGACGAGGAUGACGACGACGACGACGAUGAGGAAGACGUAUUCGGUGCCUCUUUUUUGCCUUCAGAUAGUGACUCCGGGAGUGGGAUCAUCUUUGAUGACGGCGAUGGAAGCACAGAUGAGAUUGUACAGGUCGAGCCGAGCAAAAGACCAGUGACUGAAGCGUCAGAGAACACAGACUCUGAUCGCCACCAUAACAUAGCACAUUAUUUGUACAUACAGAUGGAAUACUGUGAAAAAAGCACUUUAAGAGACACAAUAGAUCACGGCCUGCACCAGGAUCAGAAUCGGUUGUGGAGAUUAUUCAGAGAGAUACUCGAUGGCCUUACUUACAUCCACGAGCAGGGUAUGAUCCACAGGGACCUGAAGCCUGUCAACAUCUUCCUCGACUCACAGGAUCAUGUCAAAAUUGGAGACUUUGGCCUGGCGACAGGCCACCCAGCUAAUGUGGCCGCCGGUAAAUUUGAGAUAGAUGACAGCGGCUCGGGAGUAAUAUCCAAACCAGACCCAACAGGUAAUAUGACAGGCAUGGUGGGCACCGCCCUCUACGUCAGUCCUGAGGUUCAAGGAAACACCAAAGCCACAUACAACCAAAAAGUUGACCUGUUCAGCCUGGGGAUCAUCCUGUUCGAGAUGUCCUACAGGCCCAUGACCACGGGGUCGGAGCGCAUCACCGUCCUGAGCCAGCUGCGCGUGGAGCCAAUCCAAUUCCCAGAUGACUUUGCUUCAUAUCAGCAAGGAACGCAGAGGAAGGUGAUCGAGUGGCUGCUGAAGCACGACCCGGCCCUGCGGCCCACCGCUCAGGAGCUGCAGAAGAGCGAGCUGCUGCCUCCGUCGCAGAUGAUGGAGUCGGAGCUGCACGAAGUGCUGCACAACACCAUGGCCAACGUCAACGCCAAGGCCUACCGCACCAUGGUGGGCCAGCUGUUCGCCCAGAACAACUCCCCCGUCAUGGAUUACACGUACGACAUCGACCUGCACAAGGGCAGCUUCAGCUUCAGCGGCGCCAAAUUGCAGCAGUAUGUGUACGAAACAAUCACCAGGAUCUUCAAGAAGCACGGUGCGGUGCGGCUCCAGACGCCGCUGCUCCUGCCGAGGAACAGGAAGCUGCACGACGGCAGCGAGCCGGCCUGCUUCAUGGACCACAGCGGAAUGCUGGUUACACUGCCCUAUGACCUCCGCAUGGCGUUUGCGAGAUUUGUUGCCCGCAAUAACGUCACUCAUCUGAAGAGGUACAGCAUCGAGCGUGUGUUCCGGCCCAGGAAGCUGGACCGAGCGCACCCCAGGGAGCUGCUGGAGUGCGCCUUCGAUAUCAUCACGCCGGUGACGAACAGCCUGCUCCCAGACGCUGAGACCAUUUACACCAUCUCCGAAAUGAUCCAGGAAUUUCCUGCUCUCCAGGAGAGGAACUAUAACGUCUACCUGAACCACACCAGCCUGCUGAAGGCCAUCCUGCUCCACAGCGGAGUCCCCGAGGACAAGCUGAGCCAGGCGUCCAACAUCCUGUGCGACGCCAUGAGUGAAAAGCUGACCAAACGGGAGGUGGAGGCAAAGUUCUGCAACUUUUCGCUGUCGACCAGCUGCCUGCAGACGCUGUACAAGUACAUCGAGCAGAAGGGGAGCCUGCAGGAGCUGAGCCCGCUGCUGGCGUCCCUCACCAAGCAGAAGACCGCCGUCACCCAGCUGGCCAAGCAGGGCCUGAAGGACCUGGAGGAGCUUCCCGUGCUCCUGCGCAGACUGGGAGUGAAAUUAAGGGUGGUGGUCAACUUAGGUUUAGUGUACAAGGUGCAGCAUCACUCCGGGGUCAUCUUCCAGUUCGUGGCUUUCAUCAGGAAGCGUAAGCGCACGGUGCCGGAUAUCGUGGCGGCUGGAGGACGCUACGAUCACUUGAUCCUGGAAUUCCGGGGGCCGGCGUCCACCGUGCCGGUCCCCAGUGCGGUGGGGGCCAGCGUGGCCCUGGACAAAAUCUGUGCAGCGAUGGCCAGCAUGGAGGAGCCGCCGACAGUGAGCUCCUGCGAUGCCCUGGUGGUCCCGGUGGGUCAGUCCUCGAUGCUCAGAGCCAUCAGUGUCGUCCAGAAGCUGUGGAGCACCGGCGUCUCUGCAGACAUCGCCUACGACGUCUCACAGUCCCAGGAGACGCUGCUGGAUCACUGCAGGCUGGCCGGCAUCACAUGCAUGGCCCUGGUCUCUGACAAAGAGGGGAACUACGUUAAGGUAAAAUCAUUCGAGAAGGACAGACAGUCUGAAAAGCGCAUUCCUGAGUCCGACCUGGUGGACCACAUCAUUCAGAAGUGCAGGACCAAAUUCUCCGAUGAGAGGAACAUCAGAGAGAUCUCCGAGAGCAUGACUCUCCAGAACCCCAAAGGCUCGCAGCUCAGCAGCACAGGCUGCUCGGAGCAGCAUGGAAGCAGCGGCAGCACCAACCUGAAUGUAAAUGUCAUCAGUCCGGAGAAAGUCUCGGCGAGUGCCAGACGGCGCUAUGAGACCCAGAUCACAAGCAGAUUACAGAAUCUUGGAAGCAAUUUGCAGAACAAGAGCAGUGACAUUGAAGUUCUGGCAGUGGACCUUCAGAAGGAAACGCUGAUCAACUUCCUGGCUCUGGAGUUCGAAAGUGAAGAUCUGUUCAACAGCAGCGUGAAAACUCUGCUGUCUCGUCUCCCAAAGCAGCGGUACCUCAAGUCCAUCUGCGAGGAGAUCCACCACCUGAAGAUCACUAAAAGGGUGGCUGUGGUGGUCCUGUACAGCUACAGGGACGAUUACUACAAGAUCCUCCUGUGAAUCCUCCAGGGAUCCCAGCGCUCCGCUUCCCCUCCCGAGCCGUGCACGCUCCCACAGACGGUCUUAAUCCUCCGGACCGCCGCAAUCUGCUUCGCGACACGAUUCGUACCUUUUUUUUCCCAUUCGGAAAAUGUGAGCCCCAAAGACACACAGGUCGAUUUUCUCUUACCGGAGCCAACGGUUAUUCGACCGGACGACCCAAAGUGCAGAACUCUUUCCAGAGCUUUCUCCAUGAAAUGGUCCUACAGCAAAAGUAGAGCAGCGGUUUACGGGACUCUGUUGCCUUAGCAGAACGUUUUGAAGUGAAAGGGCUUUUUACUUAUUUGACAUAAGUAGAAGAGUUUUACAUUUCUAAUCGGUGACUGUAUGAAAAAA